AUCUGUGACUUGAACUUGAAUAAUCAUCACCAUGGUACAAAUAAAGUUGUACGACUGGGAAAAAUUAAUCUAUUUCACUUGAUUGUAUAUUGGUAUAUCAUGCUAGCAAAGUAUUCAGUAGCAUGUCCAACUGCCUGUUUUUGUGAUGAAAGUUUCCACUAUGUUAGAUGUAUUGGAAAUGGACAGUUGGAGCUACCACCAGACAUUCCAAAAACAGCCAUUCGCUUAGAGCUUCGGAACUACAUAGUUCCAUCCUUGUCUUCUUCACAUUUGGAAGGUCUAGUACGGUUACAAGAGCUCAAACUUCAGCAAGCACAACUGCAAAUUAUUUCCAAUGAUUCCUUACUGAAUCUUCAGACUCUAGAACAUCUGGACCUGAGUCAAAAUCUGCUCACUGUUUUAAGCAGAGGAGCUUUUGAUGGUUUAAUGGCAUUACGUUACUUGGAUAUUUCUUCUAACGUUCUUGUUUUUAUUGAUGAGGCAUUUCGAGAAUUGUCUUGUGUGGAACAACUAAACCUUAGAAACAAUCACAUUCCUCGACUUACUUCCAAGAGCUUAUCAGGAUUAUGGAAGAUUCAAUAUUUAAAUCUAGACUCAAACAACAUUUCUGCAAUUAAAAUAGGAACCUUCCAGUAUUUAACAAAUCUAGCUCACCUAAUUCUAAGCAACAAUCCACUUACUACCUUAUCUCGUUUGGACUUUUUUGGCACCAGCCUUCAGUAUAUUGAUAUAUCAAAUAUUGGUAUACAGCGUGUGCCUCAAAGUUUGGCUCGUUUCGUUCGAGACCUAAGAUUAACCAAAAAUAACAUUACUUAUAUCAGAGCUGGAGAUCUUGACAGUUAUCAUCAUCUUGGACUACUUGUUCUGGAUGAUAACAAAAUUAGGGAGAUUGAAGAUGAUGCUUUAGGGCGACUUGAAUAUUUGAAUCGACUAUGGUUAAACGGUAACAAACUAAGCUCAAUCCCUGUCAACUUACCAACUUGUUUACGUGCACUUUACUUGGAAGAAAAUAAACUGGAAAAAAUAUCAUCUUUUAGCUUUCAAGGACUUAUCAACUUGGAGCAACUAUUUCUUCAAAGAAAUCAAAUUGAACAGCUAGAAGAAUGUGCCUUCUGCGACCUCUUUAAUUUAAAAAGCUUGGACCUUCAAGCUAACAAUAUACAAAAAUUAGCAACUGGCGUUUUCGAGAAACUUACUCAACUUCAAACUUUGGAUCUUUCUCAGAAUGAAAUUAAGAUAAUGGAGCCGAGAUGCUUCUUUGGGUUGGGACAUCUCAAAACCCUCCAGAUUUCUCGCACUUCUUCCUUCAUCUACUUUGAUGAACAGGUCUUUGACACGCUAACGAACCUGCACACUUUAGAGUUGUACGACAGUUCCAAUUUUUCUCACCAACUCAUUUAUGCUACUCGAGCACUCCAUGGUUUACGUAAUCUCAGAGAACUAAAUAUUAUGCACAAUAACUUGGUCAGCCUUCGUUCUGACUUUCCCUCCUUCUUUCCCAAGUUAAAGAUUAUAAAAAUGAAUGGCAACAACUGGCACUGCAACCAGUCUAUAUUGUGGCUACAAAGAUGGAUCACUACUUCAAAUAUACAAUUUUACCGCAGCUACGACGUUCGUUGUGCGUCUCCAUUACAGCUGCAGUUCAAACCAAUAAUGCUUCUUACAAAAAAAGACCUAACAAUCACACAUAAAAGAAUUUCUACAAAAAAUACAACAGAAAAUGUAAAUCAUAAAAAGCUAAACAUCAAAUAUGAACCACUGAAAAACCAUUUUCAACCUAAUACAACCAAGUCUUUUGGAAGUCUAGUCCCAGUGUAUGGUAAAUUUGUGUCGGUAAAGCUGAAUAGAAGUCGACUUGACACAUGGAUAAGAUCAUUUGAGUCAAAAACAUUUGAAAAUAAAGAAAUGUAUAUAAAAGCGUCAGAGCAAACAUCUUAUAAUGAAAGUGUUACUCCAGCAAUUAACAAUCUACCAAGUAACUUGCCUCCAACACCAAUUAUGUUUAACAUGACAACGCUUAUCAACCACAGCAACACAAAUAUAAAUAGCACACGUAUCCAAACAGAAGCACUAAGUAAAACAAUAGCAAUUAUUGACAGCACUGGAAUCACCAGUUUUAACAACAAUACUGCAAAACCAUCUGUUCGUAGUAGUGCCCUUUUAUCGUUUACAAGCACAGUAGCAUCAGCCAUUUUUGAUCCAAUAAAAAAGUGGACAGUUGAAAACCCUCACAGUUUUAAAGAAACUCGUGAUUUACCUUCACUUGAAGAAAAUCAACAACAGUACCCAAUUACUAGUGCACAUAAAGGAUCUAAAGAUCAAGCCAACGAUCCUAAAACAGCUUUGAUAAUAUUAUUCUCACUUGCUGGAAGUUUUUCUUUGGUAACCUUAGGAUUAUUAGUAUCAUUUAUUAUAUGCCGUCGUCAAAAGUUCCUUUGUAAUGUCACAAAAUGUGAAGUCCGAAGAAACAGUAGUAUUUCAUACAAUUCUCAUAAAGAUGAGGUAUCUAUACUGACGGUAUCAGAUGGAACAGUGAGAUUACAAACAGAUUCUAAAUACGAAAUGGGAAACAAAUUGUACUACGUCGUGGAAAGCGAUGAUAUGUGCCAGAAUCCAACAAAAGCAGCUCUUCCCGAUCCUCAACUACAAGAACUACUUCCACAGACACUGAGACAAAAUGGUCAUUUUCUUAGUUGA